AUGAAGCUCUCAAGUGCAAUCACCGUGGGUUUGGCAAACUGGGCAUUGGCUAUCAAUCUCCAUAACUCCCCGCUUGAUUACAACUCAGCCCCGCCAAACCUUUCUACCUUGGCAAAUGCUACCCUUUUCGACACAUGGAGACCCAGAGCCCAUCUCCUCCCUCCCUCUGGGAAGAUAGGCGACCCAUGCGGGCAUUACACUGAUCCUAAGACUGGUCUCUUCCAUGUGGGUUGGCUGCACGAUGGAAUUGCAGGAGCUACAACCGAUGAUCUCGCUACCUAUAAAGAUCUCAAUCCUAAUGGAGCUCCAGUAAUUGUCUCCGGAGGAAAGAACGAUCCCCUUGCUGUCUUCGAUGGCUCUGUCAUUCCAAGCGGCAUCAAUGGCCUGCCAACUCUUUUGUACACCUCUGUCUCGUACCUUCCAAUUCAUUGGUCUAUCCCCUACACCCGGGGAAGCGAGACACAAUCCCUGGCUAUUUCCUAUGAUGGUGGACGCAACUUCACCAAGGUCAACCAAGGCCCCGUGAUCCCUACGCCUCCGUUUGCUCUCAAUAUCACCGCUUUCCGUGACCCCUACGCUUUCCAGAGCUCUAUUCUGGACAAAUCUGUCAACAGCACCACGGGAACCUGGUAUGUCGCCAUCUCUGGCGGUGUCCACGAUGUCGGCCCUUGCCAGUUCCUCUACCGUCAGCAUGACGCAGAUCUCCAAUAUUGGGAAUAUCUCGGUGAAUGGUGGAAUGAGCCCGUUAACACCACUUGGGGUAAAGGUGACUGGGCUGGCGGAUGGGGCUUCAACUUCGAGGUUGGCAACGCCUUCGGUCUGAAUACAGAGGGCUACAGUGAAGAUGGCGAAAUUUUCAUGACCCUCGGUACUGAGGGUUCAGGACUCCCCAUUGUUCCGCAAGUCUCUUCCAUUCACGAUAUGUUGUGGGUGACCGGAAACGUCACAAAUGACGACUCUGUCACCUUCAAGCCAACCAUGGCCGGUGUCCUUGACUGGGGUCUGUCGGCGUAUGCUGCUGCAGGCAAGAUCUUGCCAGCCAGCUCUCAGGCAUCCAAGAAGAGCGGUGCCCCCGAUCGUUUCAUUUCCUACGUCUGGCUCACCGGAGAUCUAUUUGAGCUGGCGAAGGGAUUCCCCACCGCUCAGCAAAACUGGACCGGUGUUCUCUUGCUGCCGCGCGAGCUGAAUAUCCGCACCAUCCCUAACGUGGUGGAUAACAAACUUUCACGCGAGUCCUUGACUUCGUGGCGUGUGGCCCGCGAAGGUUCUGGCGAGCUCGAUCUCGAAACAAUGGGAAUCUCAAUCGCCAGGGAGACUUACAGCGCUCUCACUUCUGGCUCGUCGUUUGUCGAGCCUAGUAAGACAUUGUCGAAGGCUGGGCCGGUGCCAUUCAAAACCUCACCCUCAAACAAGUUCUUCGCUCUGACAGCCAAUAUCUCUUUCCCGGCCUCCGCUCGCGACUCUGGUAUUCAAGCUGGUUUCCAGGUGUUGUCCUCUGCUCUUGAGUCUACAACUAUCUACUACCAAUUCUCCAACGAGUCCAUCAUCAUCGACCGUAGCAACACAAGUGCCGCGUCGAAAACAACUGAUGGAAUUCUCAGUAAUAACGAGGCCGGCCGUCUGCGUCUCUUCGACGUCUUGAAAAAUGGAAAGGAACAAAUUGAGACUUUGGAGCUCACUAUCGUGGUGGACAAUGGAGUACUGGAAGUCUAUGCCAAUGGACGCUUGGCUCUGGGCACUUGGGCUCGGUCUUGGUACGCCAACUCCACUGGAAUUAACUUCUUCCACAACGGAGUGGGAGAAGCGACAUUCGAUGAUGUGACGGUCUUUGAGGGACUGUACGAUGCCUGGCCACAAAGAAAGUGA